GGCAGGUCCAGCCUAAAUAUUUAGGAUGUGUUGGACUCAGCUGUUUCUACUUGGCUGUGAAGGCAACAGAAGAAGAGAGAAACAUCCCCUUAGCCACUGACUUGAUUCGAAUAAGCCAGUACAGAUUCACUGUUUCUGAUAUGAUGAGAAUGGAGAAAAUCAUAUUAGAGAAGCUGUCCUGGAAAGUGAAAUCUACAACAGCAUUCCAGUUUCUGCAACUCUACCAUUCACUCGUUCAGGAGAAUUUAAGCUGUGAAAGGAGAAAAUAUCUGAAUUUUGAGAGACUUGAGACCCAGCUUAAGGCCUGUCACUGCAAAAUCAUGUUUUCUAAAGCCAAGCCUUCUGUCCUGGCACUGUCGAUUUUGGCACUAGAGAUAGAAGAACAGAAACUACAGGAGUUGACAGAGGUGUUGGAAUUCCUGCAGAUACAUUCCAAGAUAAACAGCAGAGAUUUGACCUUCUGGAAGGAACUGGUGUCCAAGUGCCUUACUGAGUAUUCCUCGAGCAAGUGUUCCAAACCAAACAUCCAGAAAUUAAAAUGGGUUGUGUCUGGACGUACAGCACGGCAGCUUAAACACAGCUAUUACAGGAUAACACACCUCCCUACAAUUCCAGAGACCAGCUCAUAAUAGGAGUACAGUAAAACCAACAGAUGACCAUCCUGUGGCCUAGUUUACAAACUGCUGAAGAUUUGAGAAAUGAAGUCUGAAACAUGGUCUAAAUGAAGAGCUCAGUUGAUUAAAAAAAAAAAUACGUAAUGCUU